CAGCGCUGGCAGGAUCGGGGCUGUGCGAGAGCCGGAGCCGGCGGCAGCAGCAGCAGCAGCAUGCGUGCGGCGUCUGAGGCUCAGGGCGCGAGAACCACGUAAGGUGCCCACCGGAGCCUCCCCCUUCACCUGCCUCUGCUUCCCUCAGCACAAACUUCACGGCUCCUGCACGCACGGUCCGGGCUUCUCCGGCGAGGCUUGGCAGCGACAGCCGCAUGCAUGACACUCCGAAAAGGAGAGAAAAUGACCAUAAGUAUCCAGGAGCACAUGGCUAUUGACGUCUGCCCCGGCCCCAUCAGACCCAUCAAGCAGAUAUCCGACUACUUCCCCCGCUUCCCACGCGGGCUCCCUGCUGGUGUUGGCCGCAGCAGCACCCUGCGCUCCGCUGUCAGCCAGCCCUCCGUCAGCCCCGCCGAGGCGCCCCGGGAAGAGGAUGAGGACGUGGACCAGCUUUUUGGGGCAUAUGGCACAACACCCACCGAGCAGCCAGCCAAGUGCCAGGCACCUGAGGAGGUGGUGGACCCCGAGGGCUACGAGUCCGACGACUGCACCACUCUGGGGACACUGGAUUUCAGCUUGCUCUAUGAUCAGGAAAACAACGCUCUCCACUGCACGAUCAAUAAAGCCAAGCUGCCAAAACUUGACUACAGAAAGGGCCUGAAGCCGAUGGACCAUAAUGGUUUGGCGGAUCCAUAUGUCAAAUUGCACUUGCUCCCCGGAGCCAGUAAGGCAAAUAAGCUGAGAACCAAAACGCUGCGGAACACUCUGAACCCCACCUGGAACGAGACGCUCACCUACUACGGCAUCACUGAUGAGGACAUGAUCCGCAAGACCCUGCGGAUCUCGGUCUGCGAUGAGGACAAGUUCCGCCACAAUGAGUUCAUAGGAGAGACAAGGAUCCCACUGAAGAAACUAAAGCCCAACCAGACCAAAAACUUCAGCAUCUGCCUGGAGAAGCAGCUGCCGAUAGAUAAAACAGAGGACAAGUCGCUGGAGGAGCGUGGACGGAUCCUCAUCUCCCUCAAGUACAGCUCACAGAAGCAGGGGCUGCUGGUGGGCAUCAUCCGCUGUGCCCACCUCGCUGCCAUGGAUGCCAAUGGCUACUCUGACCCCUACGUCAAGAUUUACUUGAAACCGGAUGAGGACAAGAAAUCAAAGCAUAAGACGGCAGUGAAGAAGAAGACGCUGAACCCCGAGUUCAAUGAGGAGUUUUGCUAUGAGAUAAAACAUGGGGACCUGGCAAAAAAGACCUUGGAAGUCACAGUGUGGGACUACGAUAUCGGGAAGUCAAAUGAUUUCAUAGGUGGAGUCGUGUUGGGCAUUAACGCCAAGGGUGAGCGGCUGAAGCACUGGUUCGACUGCCUGAAAAACAAGGACAAGAAAAUCGAGCGCUGGCACACGCUAACCAACGAGCUGCCAGGGGCUGUCCUCAGCGACUGAGCACCAGGGGGCUGCUUCCAGGGCCAGCACAGCUCUGCCGGCCACAGCCUUUGGACUUCACUCCUUUAUGGCUUUGGAUAGGGGCGAUCGUGGUACCGGGGCAGGCAGGAGAGCAGACACCCCACGCCACGGCCUGGCUGCAGGGAAUCCCUUCCCAGGGAGCAGGGCAGCUCAGCAGGUCCCGUCCCCUAAAAUGCCUCUUUGCACCCUGACACACACUCAUGAGCAUGCACACGCAUGCACACACACACACGUGCACAUGGACACCACACGCCUGCAUGCACUGCAGUUGUGACUCCUCUCCUAACUCUGCUCUACGGAAUUACCUUCUCGCUGCCUUGUCAUUCAGUGGCAGGAAUGAAUGCAUCAUUUCCAUUCAUGUAUCUAAUAUGAGCAAAAGGCGUCACUAAAACCUGGUACUGUUUUCUCAAGGCAAUUGUGCCAUAUUUCUGGUGGUUUGUCAGUCUCUGUGAUUUGGCCUAAACAGUCUUUGAUGCAUUUAAAGCUCCUCUGUUUGAAUGUCCUCUGGUAACCUAGAAGACUGUUUGCUUUCCUUCCAGGAAUGUUGUGCUCGUCCUCUCCAAUAACCCAUGUGAAGGUAGCCAGCAAGCUGGCAGUGCUGUGCAGACUAUGGCUUCCCUCUCACAGUCCCCGGAUGAGGCAGAAGAGGGGAAGCAGCCACUCUCCUAAUGAAACCAUGCCUUCCCCCUGGAGCCAGGCUCCAGCACGGCUGUUCUUCCAGCAAAGCUGCCUUUCAGGCUCAAUUUUUCUAUCACUUUUCCCUUAUUCUGCCUUUUCCAAUGCAUGCCAUUACCUGAAAUCCAACCAAGGCACUUUGCACUGUGAGUUGCUGGUGUGAGCUGAGGCACGGGGCUGAGCAGUGUUCAUGUUUGUGGAGAUGCUCAGCUCCAGCACAGCCAUUUUCUGCCUCAAACAGCUUCCAGACCAAAUUUCUGUGUACAGCACAGUAAUAGUAUAAUAAUAUUAUCAUAAUAUAUCCCAGCUCUCAUCCUCCAUGACCCACGCUGGCUGGUCCCUGCAUCCUCAUCCCAUCAGGCUCUGGCUCUUGUGCAAACACCUCUUUGUCCCAUUUGCACAAGAGCUGGUACACGGUGGGAUGAGCUAAAACUGUCUGUGAAAUGCUGCACCUUGCCAGCAAGUUACAAAGCCUUUAAACCAUGAUUUCUUUAGGAAGAGCUGCUGUUUGCCCAUCAGUCCCUGUUACCUACAGCUUCUGAGCCCUGUAGCUCUGUGUGUGUGUGUGUUUGUGUUGCCAACUUCUUUUUUUGGAGAGCAAUUGGGUCUCUGGAAACCUACGUCUACUUUCCAAAGCGACGAUUGUGUUACACCUUGUUUGAUAUGGGGGGGAACCAACAUUCAUAGGGGUUUUUUAAUACCUUAAUAUUUGUAAUGCACUCUCCAGAUAUGCAUGGAUUUUGUUUGAAUGCCGGCAGCGUGUCAAAUAGGAUGUUCCUACUAAUCCUCUCAGUCUGUCACUGGUCCAGCACCUUAAAACCUGCCUUGGGUUUGAGCUUCCAGGAGAGCCACAGGAGCACCAUGUCGGCUGUGCCUCCCUUUUCUGGCAGAGUUACUUUCAAUCCAUCAUUUGUUUCAGCACAUCUUGCUGUGAAACUGGAGUAAGGACAUGAUGUGUCUGUGGGUCCCUUCACUUUGUAUCCCAGUCUUUUCUAAGCGGACGUCCGUCCGUCCGUCCGUCCGUCCCAGCUGCAUGCAGUGGUGGUUGUCAUGCCAGGCCUUGUGAAAUGUUUGAUACCAAUGUUUUGCUACCAUGUGAAGGCUGCAGAAACUGUCCUUAACCUGCAUCCUAACAGACUUUUGUAUUUCAGUAUUAUCUAUCCGUGUACUUUUUGUCAGAUUUGUUAAUAUUUAUAAUGA